ACAUAAAAACAAUGCUGGUAUGAUUUCCGCUGGUUCUGACUCGUGACAGCUGUAUGAAUGGUAGCAACACUUUGAUACUUGGUAUGAAUUUCAGACCGUUUUUUAACCAAACGUUAUGAGAAUAUAUGCUGGAAUGGACGGUGUGGCGCCGCGGUACUAGCGCCCUCCAGUUAAAGGAAACACUGACGGUAUUCAGACGGUAGUUCCCCUCCGCUAGGAUGAGCUCUGCGCCGCUGAAGAGGGUCUACAAGCAGCUGCCUGUUUAUAUUGUGGAGGACCACCAUGACGUGGUGUGCCACAUCUACCGGGCCAUCGCAUCCAGGCAUCUCCCACUGAAGAACGUAAAGAUGAUUCAUCUGGACUCCCAUCCUGACCUCCUCAUCCCUGUCAACAUGCCUGCUGACACAGUUUUUGACAAGGAGAAACUGUUUGGUGAGUUGAGUAUAGAAAAUUGGAUAAUGCCAAUGGUGUAUGCCGGUCAUGUGUCCUGUGUAGCAUGGUUGCAUCCAUACUGGGCCCAGCAGAUCAGAGAAGGAGACCACAGGAUGACUGUAGGCAGAGACUCGUCCACCACCACCAUCAGGGUGACCAGUACAGACAACUACUUCCUCAGUGAUGGUCUGUAUGUGUGUGAGGAGCAGCUGGAGAACCCAAAGCCUCUCCGACUGAGUGUGAUCAAAGUCAACCCUGUCAGACUAAGUCACGACUCACUAACCGGACAGAAAAUAGAAAAGGACACAGAGGAAUGUUCAGUCAAAAGACCCCGAACAGAGCGGAGGAAAUCUGGAGAACCGAGCAGCUCACACCCCCCCGCAGCAGCCACUGACUCACUGCAACCAGCAGAGGGCAGCAACGUCAGCGAUGUUGAUGAUGAAGGCUCAACCAGUUACGUUGUGAAGAGAAUAUCUUCAUUUCUAAGUGAGACGGAGCCGUACAUUCUGGACAUUGAUCUGGAUUUCUUCUCUUGUAAGAACCCCUUCAAAGAGCUCUACACACAGGAAGAAUACUCCACACUUAAGGAGCUCUACAGCUUCAGAGGACCCAGCCUGAAUGCUAAUGAGGAGGAGCUCAGUGAGUGUGUAGAUCAUCGUAUACACCAGUUAGAAGACCUAGAAGCAGCAUUUGCUGAUCUGCUGGACGAUGAUGGAGAAGAGACCGUUACACGCUGGGCCAGAAACCCGGGCAUGGCUUCAUUAGCUCAACUGGUUUCCAGUCUGAAGGCAAGAAAUCCAUGCCCUGAUUAUGAAAUGGUUCACCAGGCAGGGUUAACCUGCGACACGGUCGAGCUUCCUCACCACAUCAGCACUGAUGAGGAGAUCGACAGACUAAUCUCAGCUGUGCAGCUCUUCCUGAAGGUUCUUCCCACACCUACACUGGUGACUUUGUCCAGGUCCAGUUUAGAUGAAUACUGCCCAGUGGAGCAGGUGGAUUCAGUCCAGAGCAGAGUACUGGAGGUGCUGGAGAGCUUGUAUGGAGCACUGGACGUACACGAAGUCUAUGAAAGUAGCAGCACAGGGACUCAGGAUCACCAGCCAUCAGGAUCUUAACAAAAAACCAUCUUUCAUUUGGAUGAUUUUAUCAAAACCCAUCAGAAGCUGCUGCUGAGAAUUUUAAUAAACAUAUCAGUGUCCCCUCCCUGGAGUCCCUUUAUGCUCAUUCUUUUAUGUAGCACUAGCUAGAUGCUACUGCACCUACAGUUUAUGGACAUGUGCACCAAAAACGCUGUUUCAGAUCACUGUAACCCCGAGUGUGCUGCUGUAAGUGAUUUGUUUUUCAUCUUGUCGUGUCAUACAGUAUGUGUUAUUGUUCCCUCCAUUUAGAUUUAAAGUGACACUGUAAGGCUGUCAUUUGUCAUUUUUCCGUCACUCACACUGAUAGUGUAACACAAUAUAAUAAUAAUGAUAUUUCUCAUUUCUACUAAUGUAUUUCUUUCUGAGAACGGUGCAGCUGAAAUCACUUUAACACUGGACUAAAUGAAGGUUACACUUUCUGAAUGCUGGCUGCAGAUGG